AUGGGGCCUAACAAAACAUAUAACUUUGCUAAGGAGUUGUGUGGAAGUUAUUCUAAUGUUGGUGCUACGUGUACCGAGUUUAAAAAUUGGAGUAGGGAUGUGAAGCUUUAUAUUGGUGAUCGAGAUGCUCAAAUGAUCAUCGAGAAGUUCACGGAUAAGAAGGAGAUGUGUGAUGGAUUUUUCUAUGAUUAUGCAGUCGAUGAAGGGGGUCGAUUAACUCGCAUUUUUUGGGCAGAUGUUAUUGGACGAAGAAAUUACGAUGUAUUUGGAGAUGUGAUAUCAUUUGACUCUACAUAUGCCACAAACAAGUACAACAUGAAGUUUGUUCCAUUCACUGGGCUUGACAAUUAUAAGAAGUGUGUUGUAUUUGCAGCAGGAUUGAUAGCUAAAGAGGACAUUGAUAACUAUGUCUGGAUUUUGGAGUUGACAAAAUGCAUUUCGAAGAUGGAUGAUUUCAAGAGCAAGAUAAAUGCACUGAUUUGGAGUGUAGAUAUAGAUCCAACAACAUUUGAAGUAGGUUGGAAAGAUGUUAUGAAAGAAUUUAAGCUUGAAAGUAAUGAAUGGUUGUGUGAUUGGAAAGAUGUUAUGAAAGAAUUUAAGCUUGAAACCUAUUAUGCUGAUGAUCAAAUAGCUGGAUUAUUACGUACUACAUCAAUAUCAGAGAGUGAGAACAGUUUCUUUGACAAAUUCAAUCAUGGAUCUGACACAUUGACAGAAUUUUAUCUCCGAUACGAGAGUGCUAUGGAUAAGCAAAGGCAUACAAACGCAAGAUUAAACUAUGAAGGAACAAAGUUGAUGCCAAGAAUGGACACGCCAUUGUUAUUGGAGAGGGAUGCAGCAGAGUUGUACACUCGAACAAUGUUUUAUGAGGUACAAAAAGAGAUAAUGUCAUCCUGUUAUGAUAUGAGUAUCAACAGUAUAUCAGAACAAGAUGGUGUGAAGAUUUUUUCCAUAAAGGACGAAAAGAGACAUGGAAAAAUAUUUGAGGUGAAACAUGUUGUUUUGAACAAUGACGUGCAAUGUACGUGUAGGAUGUUUGAGAAAAUGGGUAUAGUAUGUAAACAUGGUUUUUUUUUUGCACUGAACCAAGCUGAUGUAACAAAAAUACCAAGACAUCUUGUUGUGAACCGAUGGACAAAAGGUGCUGAGAUGAGGCAUUCAUUACAGUUUAAGAAAAUAUCAGAACAGUGCAAUGCAAUUGAAGUUACAAAUCGCAAGUUGAAUGACAUAUGGUAUGAUUUUCAAUCCUGUGUGAGUUUGGCAGGUUUAGAUGGUGAGAGACUUGACUACUUGGAAGAAAAGUUGAAGGAGUUGAAGCACAGUUUGUGUGAAUCUAGUGGGAAAUCUGACACACAAAACAAAAAUGAUGUAAUGGAGUUUUUUGUUUGCUCAAAAAUACCAGCUGAAGUGAUUGUUAAACCUCUCAUUGAAGAUAGAAACAAGGGGUGUGGACGGAGAAUUGUUGGUGAUUAUGAGAAAUCAAUUAGUCAACGAAAGAAGAAGGUGCCAAGGCUGUGUAAUAUGUGCAAAAAACUCGAUUUUCAUGACACACGGACAUGCCCAUUAAAGAAAACAUUACAGCAGAGUGAUGUUUAA